GUAUUUGACUGGACGCGGCAGUUUUAGAGCCACAGGAUUGGCAAAUGGAGAAGAACUGGGUCCAAUUCUGGUGGUGGCUGAAAAUGUAAUUUCAUUCUAGCAAAGACCAAAUAGAACGAACUAGCAGCAUCAGUCCUUUUAUCUGUUUGUCUGUUUCUUAUUAGUCUCUCUCGAAUCAAUGGCCACGCCAUUGAUCGCAAGGAGCCAUCCUCUAUCGUACGCUUCCCUAAACGCUCACCGCCAUUACAACAGCUACCGUCGCCCCUUCUUCUCCUCCUCUCCUUACUCUAAACCAAUAUCUUCACUGUCCUUCCCUUCUCGACCACUAAAUCCCACCAAGAUGGCAGCGAGCAGCAGCGAAAUUACAGAGGAAGUACCAGGGAAAACUGAUGAAGGGGUUGAGAAGAAUAAGAGAGUGUUUGUCGCUGGAGCAACUGGAAGUACUGGGAAGAGGAUAGUCGAGCAGCUGCUAUCCAGAGGGUUUCUAGUGAAAGCUGGAGUGAGGGAUGUUGACAAAGCCCAGACCAGCCUUUCCAAGGACAACCCAUCUCUUCAAAUCGUGAAAGCAGAUGUUGCAGAGGGGUCUGCCAAGCUAGCAGAAGCCAUAGGGGAAGACUCUGACGCUGUGAUAUGUGCCACUGGGUUUCGACCUGGUUGGGACCUUUUUGCUCCAUGGAAGGUUGAUUAUUAUGGAACCAUGAAUCUAGUGGAGGCUUGUAGGAAACAAGGCGUGGAAAGGUUCAUUCUGGUGAGCUCCAUUUUGGUGAAUGGAGCUGCAAUGGGGCAGCUACUGAACCCAGCAUAUGUGUUCCUCAAUGUAUUUGGGUUGACAUUGGUAGCCAAGCUUCAGGCUGAGAAUUAUAUCAGGAAAUCAGGGAUUAACUACACCAUAAUCAGACCUGGUGGGUUGAAGAACGAUCCCCCUUCAGGCAAUCUAGUCAUGGAACCAGAGGAUACGCUUUACGAAGGAUCAAUAUCCAGAGAUGUGGUAGCAGAAGUUGCAGUCGAGGCAUUGACACAUACAGAGUCGUCGUACAAAGUUGUGGAAAUUGUCUCUCGUGCAGAUGCGCCUAAACGUUCAUAUGAGGAUCUCUUUGGCUCCAUCAAGUCAAAGUAGCUUGUAAAUUGUAAUAAUACUCUUUGAAGAGUACAAAGUUCAACUUCGCCAUUGGACUUUCGAUCUUGUUUAGAGAUUCAUCUUUGUGGGUUCCUUUAGAAUUGCAAGGAAUUGGCAUACAUCGAAAGAAAGAAAGCGAGAAGUAUAAUGGCGUGCACAAUCAGGGCCAUGCAUUUGCUCUUAACAGCAGCAACCAUUGUGGAGACUAGUCCAGAACUUAUAAGACUACUUACCUUUACUUUGCAGUCAUCUCGAACUUGGUUAACCCUAAAACCUAACAGAACCCUUGAAGUGGUUAAAAGGAACGAUUAACUUAUAUAAGAAAUUUUUUUUAAAAAU